GCAAAAAGCCAUUGGGGGAGGCCAGUCCAGAUCAGUUCCCUCAGGCUCCAGCUCCUACCCUGUGCGGAGCAACAGCCGCGGUCGCCGUCUCUGCCGCUGCCUCCAUCGUCGUCGGGGGAGGGGCCGGCCAGACCCCGGGGUCACUGCCGAGGAAUGAAGAGAGGCGACCGGGCCCCGCGCUCCGCCCCGGCCUAGGGCCUAGCCCCGGGAGCUGCGAGGGUGGAGGGCUGAAUUUUGAUCUAUGUCCUACCUACAUCCAGCUGCCUGCAACUACUUAAUAAUCACAUGACCCUGGACAUGGAUGCUGUCCUGUCGGAUUUUGUCCGUUCCACAGGAGCAGAGCCAGGGCUGGCCCGUGAUCUCCUGGAAGGAAAGAAUUGGGAUGUGAGUGCAGCACUCAGUGAUUUUGAACAGCUACGUCAAGUCCAUGCUGGGAACCUACCCCUACCCUUUAGUGAGGGGAGUGGUGGCCCCAAGACUCCUGAAAAGGGGUUUUCGGACAGAGAGUCUACUCGUCUUACCCGGCCCCCCCUACAGCGGCAGGAUGACAUCGUUCAAGAAAAACGCCUGUCUAGGGGCAUCUCCCACGCCAGCUCCAGCAUUGUUUCCCUGGCCCGGUCCCAUGUCUCCUCCAAUGGUGGGGGUGGGGGGAGCAAUGAGCACCCCCUGGAAAUGCCCAUCUGUGCCUUCCAGCUCCCAGAUCUCACUGUGUAUAAUGAAGACUUCCGCAGCUUCAUCGAGAGAGACCUCAUUGAACAGUCUAUGCUGGUUGCCUUGGAACAGGCAGGGCGUUUGAACUGGUGGGUGAGUGUGGACCCCACCUGUCAGAGGCUGCUUCCUUUGGCAACUACUGGAGAUGGAAACUGUCUUCUGCAUGCAGCUUCCCUUGGGAUGUGGGGCUUCCAUGAUCGGGACUUGAUGCUACGGAAAGCAUUGUAUGCACUGAUGGAAAAGGGAGCAGAGAAGGAAGCAUUGAAGCGGCGCUGGAGGUGGCAGCAAACCCAACAGAAUAAAGAGUCAGGGCUGGUAUACACAGAGGAUGAAUGGCAGAAAGAAUGGAAUGAGCUGAUCAAGCUUGCCUCAAGUGAACCCCGCAUGCAUCUAGGUACCAAUGGAGCCAACUGUGGUGGGGUGGAGAGUUCAGAGGAGCCUGUAUAUGAGAGCCUAGAGGAAUUCCACGUCUUUGUCCUUGCCCAUGUGCUUAGGAGGCCUAUAGUUGUCGUGGCAGACACCAUGCUGCGGGACUCUGGAGGUGAAGCAUUUGCCCCCAUCCCCUUUGGGGGGAUCUACCUGCCCUUGGAGGUCCCAGCCAACCAGUGUCACCGCUCUCCUCUGGUGCUCGCCUACGAUCAAGCCCACUUUUCUGCACUUGUGUCCAUGGAGCAGAAGGACAACACCAAGGAACAAGCUGUAAUCCCACUUACAGAUUCAGAGCAUAAGCUGUUGCCCUUGCACUUUGCUGUGGACCCUGGAAAAGGCUGGGAAUGGGGCAAAGAUGACAGUGACAAUGUCCGACUGGCCAGUGUAAUUCUGUCCCUAGAGGUCAAACUGAAUCUGCUGCAUAGCUAUAUGAAUGUGAAGUGGAUCCCGCUGUCUUCUGAUGCACAGGCUCCCCUGGCCCAGCCUGAAUCCCCCACAGCUUCAGCUGGAGACGAGCCCCGGUCCACUCCUGAGUCUGGGGAAUCAGACAAGGAAUCAGUUGGCAGCAGUUCUACCAGCAAUGAAAGCAACAGGCGGAAGGAUAAGUCAAAGCGAGAUCGGGAGAAGGACAAGAAGAGAGCAGAUUCUGUGGCAAACAAACUGGGCAGCUUUGGCAAAACCUUGGGCAGCAAACUCAAGAAGAACAUGGGAGGUCUAAUGCACAGCAAGGGUUCUAAGCCUGGAGGGUUGGGAACGGGAUCAGGGGUAAGCGGUGGCACUGAGACACUUGAGAAAAAGAAGAAAAACACACUGAAGAGCUGGAAAUGUAACAAGGAGGAGGCAGCUGGGGAUGGGCCCGUGUCUGAGAAACCCACAUCAGAAUCUAUUGGUAAUGGAGGGAACAAGUAUAGCCAGGAGGUGAUGCAAAGUCUGAGCAUUAUGAGGAUUGCAAUGCAGGGGGAGGGAAAGUUUAUUUUUGUUGGAACCCUGAAGAUGGGUCACCGCCACCAAUAUCAGGAGGAGAUGAUCCAGCGCUACCUUUCUGAUGCUGAGGAAAGAUUCCUGGCAGAGCAGAAGCAGAAGGACACAGAGAGGAAGAUCAUGAAUGGAGGGGUAGGAAGUGGGCCUCCUCCAGCCAAAAAACCAGAACCAGAUGGUGGGGAAGAGCUGCUGCCUGCCUCCCCAGCAGAGUCCAAGGCAACAGCAUUCUCAACUGGCUACCCUGGGGGCUUUACUAUCCCUCGGCCUUCUGGAGGUGGAAUUCACUGCCAGGAACCCCGGAGGCAGUUGGCAGGGGGUCUGUGUGGGAGUAGCCUACCACCAUAUGCCACCUUCCCCAGACAGUGCCCUCCUGGGCGAACCUACUCACAUCAGGACAGCAACCCUUCGCUGGAACCAAGCAGCCACCCCAAGGAUGGCAUUCACAGGGGUGCAUUGUUACCUCCUCCCUUUCGCGUGGCUGAUUCCUAUAACAACGGCUACAGAGAGCCCCCUGAACCAGAUGGAUGGACUGGAGGUCCCCAGGGGCUUCCUCCAACCCAGACCAAAUGUAAACAACCGAACUGCAGCUUCUAUGGACACCCUGAGACAAACAACUUCUGCUCCUGCUGUUACAGGGAAGAACUGAGGAGGCGGGAACGUGAACCGGGUGGGGAACUGUUGGUGCACAGAUUCUGAAUGGGUGGAACCUUGGAGGGCAAAGGGGCUAAACAAGAAAGUUAAGGUUAACAAAUUGGCUCAUCAAGACCCAGGCCCCAUGUUGAUGGGGCAAACACAGUAAUGUUUAGGGGAGCCUGGCUGGAAACUUAAGUGUGUGUGUUGGAGUGCUGCCAGGCUCACAAGAGCAGGUCAGGGCUGAAUGGUGCCUCCAGGGCUAAACUUAAUUUGAUGGGAUUAAGAAAGUACUAGGGGGAAAGAUAGUGGUUCUGUCUCAUAACCCAUUGGAUUCCACCUCAGGACCUAAGGGAAAGUACUAGGGGAAGGUAUGGUGUGUGGGGUGGGCGGUGGGCUUAAGUCUGUGAGAGAAACAGGCAAAGGAGGUUCUCAGUCAAUAAAGAAAAAAUAGACCAAAGUUCUUUUAGGUGGGAAAAAAGCACAUGGUGGUAGAGUUGGGAGGAAACUGGGAAGAUUAGACAGGUCUGCUCUUGAUUUGAAUUUUGGUUGAAAUUAGGUUGGAUAUUUUCCUCCUAGAGGAUCUAGAAAAACCGAACAGUAAUGUCUGCUCAUGGGUGGUUAUUAGGAACUGGGGGUAGUUUAAAUCACAGUUUAUUGAGUUGGGAGGGAGAGGAGCUUAAAGGGGGAAUCCUUUUCCCCUGAAGUUUUAUUUCCUCCUAAAAAAUCAUUUGUCAUGUGCUCUAGUUUGAGAGGAGAUCUGCUGCCUAUCUUUUCCU